AUGCCGAAGAAGCGCAAACAAAUCCGGUUCGAAGAGGGCGACGACGAUGAUUGGUCGGGCUCGUCGUCGAGCUCGUCGAGAUCCAGUGUCGCUUCCUUUCAUCGGGACUCUUACCCCAAAAAGGGACGGACACGCAUUCCAGCGAGGCUGGUCUCGAAGCGGGCUUUGGUCGAUUUGGGAUACCCUUUCGUCGAGGAGGGCGCUGCGGUUGUUCUGCUUGUGGCACUUGACGAGCGCCUCAUUGACGAGGUUCUGAAGCUGAGCGAAGAGUAUCGCAGGUCGGACCAAGAAUUCUUUGGGGGCAGAGACGGGCGGGACUCCGAAAACCAGAGCAGGGAUCGUGGCUUUGACUGGGUCAACAUCGAAACACCCGAGACGGUAGAUCCGCUGCCAAAUUCAGGCUAUGAUGAAGCAUCGGAAUCUGACUCGGAUUUACUGUCAAACGACACGGAUACUGAUGAAAUCGAAGGCCCAGUCGCAUAUUCCGGAGUUCUUGGCCUCAACACGACAAAGGUGUUUGGGGAGAACGACGGUGAUUUUACCGCUGGCAAGUUCCCGGCCUGGAACCAGGAGAGAUCGGAACUCAUCAAUGGCACUACGAAUCUGUUCUUGGUUCAUGCGGCCGAGUUCUACAUGGAUCGGGCUGGAAAGCACCGAAUAACUCUGGUUUGCCCCAACAGACCCGAGAACCAUUACAGUGACCCAUCGCUGGUUCGGAUGAGAUGGCUGUGUGUCCGGCCUUCAGAGGCCGGGUCUUACAUUGAGCCCGGUUCAGCCGUGCAAUACGUAGGAAGGUACAACAGGUCUCUUGGAAGCUAUCCGGGCGAUGAGAUUGCAGACACAGAACCAGUGGUGUUUUUGUCGGCGCCUUACCUUGUUCUCACAGACAAGUUGCCUCGAAAGAGACACUACGGGAACCAUCAUACGAGAACUCUAUUGGAAGUUCUUUACGGCUACGAUGGCGGGACAUUCGAAGGGAAUGACGUUGGAGGCAAAAGUGUGCAGGACGGGGGGUCCAAGAGCUUGGAGACGCUGCAAGUGCCUCAACUUUGGUCCCUGACAAUCGGUGCAGAGCUAAUCAUCACCUGCUCCGAGAUGUCUUCGGAAGAGAUAGGGCGAGACUUGAUCACCAUUGAAGGAAAAGAAUCCAGGGCUGGGGUGUACACCAUCAGGCUUAUUGACGAAAGGGAUACAUGCCGCUACCACAUCGUCAUUAAGAAAGAUUGCAAAUACGUCGAUUUCCUAAGGCACGCUGUGUCUCUUGUGCGGAAAGGCCGUUCAAGCUCGAUGGCCUACGUUUUGGUGAGCGAUUCGGGGGUGCCGAUAACUCCAGACAAAUGGCUCUAUCUGCUUACAGAAGGGUUCAUCGAAGACCACGUCUUUUGCCUCCGAUCAAAAGACGCAGCUCGUCAGAUACCCGAUGACGACAUCCGCGCAUUGUCUGCCCGGCUUACCGCGGGGAGCCGCAGCAGCCUCGGGACAUACUCGCGUCGAAGGUAA